AUGGAUCCCACAUUCUAUCGCACUGCAGCAGAGGCAAUCUCUGCCCCUCCAGAAGAAUUGGCCUAUGUGGUGGCCUUUGACAGAAAAGGUCAGAAGCACGACGCGUUGACAGUCAUUGAUUUGAAACCCGGCAAGACGUACGGUCAGGUUGUUGGCUGGACCGAUGUUCCAGGGCUAGGGGACGAAUUGCACCAUUUCGGGUGGAAUGCGUGCUCCUCUGCCCUCAAACACGAGGGUCACAACAUGGACGGCUUGCAACGACGCUACCUGCUUGUCCCCGGCUUGCGCUCCUCCAAUAUAUACGUCUUCGACGUCGGGCCCGACCCGCGCCGGCCAAAACUCAUCAAAUCGAUCGAUGGGAAGACCUUGUCAGAUAAAGCUGGGUAUUCUCGUCCGCACACAUUACAUUGCGGCCCCGAUGGCGUCUUCUUGACGUGCCUCGGGGGUCCGGAGGGUAAUCCUGACGGACCCGGCGGCAUUGCUCUCCUGGAUCACCAGACCUUCGAUGUUUUGCGUGCUUGGGAGACCAAUCGCGGUCCGCAACACUUCCACUAUGAUGCCUGGUGGCACUUGAACAAGAAUGUUCUCAUUUCAAGUGAAUGGGGAAGUCCGUCGAUGAUCGAGAACGGCAUUGUUCCAGAACUUUUGUUGGGGAACAAGUACGGCCACGCCAUCCACUUCUGGGACCUUGCCGCGGGAAAGCACCAUAAACGUGUUGACCUAGGUGAAGAACACCAAAUGGCACUCGAGGUUCGCCCGUCGCAUGAUCCAGAAGCAACAUGGGGUUUCGUUGGAGUCGUGAUUUCAACAAAGGACCUGUCGGGGGCCAUCUUUCGAUGGUUUCAGGAUGGCGGCGAAUGGAAAGCAGAAAAGGUCAUCACCAUUCCAGCAGAACCUGCCGAUGAAGAAUCUUUACCCCCGAUACUCAAGCCGUUCAAAGCUGUUCCCCCACUGAUUACGGACAUCGACCUCUCAGUCGAUGACAAAUUCCUCUAUGUUGCCUGCUGGGGGACCGGAGAAAUGAAGCAAUAUGACGUCUCCGACCCAGCGCAUCCAGUUCAAGUAGGCUCGGUGAGAUUGGGAGGUAUUGUGAAACGGGCUGCGCACCCAGCGAAGCCUGACAUGCCCUUGGCAGGCGGACCUCAGAUGGUCGAGGUGUCGAGAUCCGGAAGAAGUCUUUACUUCACUAAUUCCCUUUAUGGAUCUUGGGAUGACCAGUUCUACCCUGAUGGUGUCGGCGCUUGGAUGGCCAAAGUGAACGUCAACCCGAGCGGCGGUCUCACGAUAGACGACUCCUUCUUCCCCCAGGGAUCCGACUUUAAAGGGUUGCGUGUGCAUCAGAUCCGCCUCCAGGGUGGGGACGCGUCUUCGGAUUCGUAUUGCUAUCAGAGCACCACGAGCAGGCUGUGA